UCUCUACCUGUGGUUGCUGUUUUUGUUCCUAAAGUUCAUUUAUAAACCAUGGAGACUAAUUCGACAGAAAAAUCUCGAAAACAGAAGCGUAAAGAAGCUCGACUAGCUAAGCAGCAGAAUCGAUUCUUGUCAUGGAUCCAACAUCAGAAAUCUGCUAAAUCGAGGAUAAGUCCUGUGAAAUCAAAUUCUGAAAUUACGAACGAAUCAAAACCCUCGCGGAGUGAGGUUUUAGAAAAGAGAGAAAUUGGAGACUCGGAUGUUGAUGGUGAGGAGGAUAGAAGCAUAAAGCAGCCUGCUUUGCCUAAGAGACUGAAGGUACAAUUGGAUUCUUCUGGUGAUUCUUCUCAGACGGCGGCAUUACCUAUUGCAAAAGAGAAGAAUAAGUUGAAGAAGGGAAAAUCGAAGACUAAGUUUGAGGAGUAUCUUGAGAUGGAUAUGAAGGUAGGUAUUGCUUCUGCGGAAGAGGAUUUAGAACUGGAAAGGAAGCUCGCAAAGAAGCUCAAGGUGAAGAAGGGUGGGAAAUUGAGGGGUGUUGAUGAUGGAAUCAAUAUAUUGUUUGACGGGAUUUCAUCCGCUUUGGAUUCUUUGGAGGACAAUGAAAUCCCAGAUGAUGAAGAGGACUACAAAAACAUAAAGAGCUCUAAGCGCAGUGCUGUGAGUAAGAAAGGUAAAAAGAGGAAGUUGUCUGAUGCAUCAGACCAAGGGUUGGAAGAAGUCUUGUCAAGUAACACAGCUGUUGAGCAAGUGGAUAGUACUCUUGCUGAGGCCACACACGAAGAACCUUCUGUGAAGGCACCUGCAUUGGAUGGGAAGAGAAAAUAUGUACCUCCUCAACAGAGAUCCCUUGUUAGAAAUGAGUCAGAUGAAUAUACUCAAUUCCGCAGAUCGGUAAAAGGACUUCUGAAUAAGCUUUCUGAAUCCAAUUUGGAAUCAAUCACGAAGGAAAUGUCCACCAUUUUCAGGAUGGCUAGUCGCAGUGUUGCUUCUCAGAUAAUCAGUGAGGAGAUUUUGGGAUUCUGUUCUCAAGGACCUCGUGGCAAUGAACAGUUUGCUGCUGUUUUUGCUGCUUUUGUUGCAGGAAUGGCAUGUUCAGUUGGGAUGGACUUCAGUGCAAAGCUUCUUGCCUCUCUUGCAAAAUUAUUUGAGGAUGAAUACCAGAAAGGGGAUAACCUUUCCUUGCGAAAUCUGACCCUUCUGCUAUCUUAUUUGUGCAUAUUUGGCGUUUGUGCGAGUGAUUUGAUAUAUGAUUUUCUGAUACUGUUGGGCAAGCGCUUGAUGGAGGUGGACGUUUCUACUAUCCUGACAAUAUUACAAUGCUGCGGGAUGAAGUUAAGGGGCGAUGAUCCAGCUGGCAUGAAAAAUUUUAUACUAAGUGUUCAGAAUAGAGUGAAUGAAUUGAAGUCAUCUUCCAUGGUGGAUGGCCAUCCUAAGAUAGAUAACAAAAGAAUGGAGUUCAUGCUUGAGACCAUAUGUGAUAUCAAGAACAACAAGAAAAGGUCUAAAGAGGAUCCUGCAUCACAUACAUGGAUAAAGAAAUGGCUGCAGAAGUUAAAAGUGGAAGAUAUUUUACUUCGUGGGCUCAAAUGGAGCAAGUUGCUUGAUCCUUGCAAAAAAGGCCAAUGGUGGUUGUCUGGCGAGAUGACCUCCUCAAGAGAUAAUGUUGAAGAGGUUGCCAACAUUAUUGAUAGAGAGGUCCUUGAAGCCCAAAAAUUCAUGCAGCUUGCCGCAGCACAGAGGAUGAAUACAGAUGCCAGGAGGGCUAUCUUCUCUGUGAUAAUGAGUGCUGAGGACUAUGUAGAUGCUUUUGAGAAGCUUCUAAGAUUGGAUUUGCCUGGGAAGCAGGAUAGAGAGAUCAUGCGAGUCAUUAUAGAGUGCUGUUUGCAAGAGAAGGUUUUCAACAAGUAUUACACCAUUCUUGCCUCAAAAUUGUGUAGCCAUGACAAGAACCACAAGUUCACUUUACAGUAUUGCCUAUGGGAUCAGUUCAAAGAACUUGAGUCAAAAGAGCUAAUCAGGUCAAUGAAUCUUGCCAGAUUUGUUGCGGAGAUGCUUUCUUCAUUUUCCCUCUCCCUUUCAGUUUUGAAGGUUGUCAAACUAAGCAAUCCCAAUCAGCUAACUCCGAAAAGAAUAAUGCAUUUCCGGAUGCUCUUUGGGGCUAUUUUUGAGUACUCAGAUGCUAUGGUUUGGAAUGUCUUCACACGUAUCGCUUUAACCCCAGAACUUGAAUCUCUUAGAAAUGACAUUGAAUUCUUUAUCAAGCAGUACUUGGUGAAUACCGAUAAUACUCUCUCUACCAAGUUCAAGAUUGCAAGAAAAGCCCUCAAUAAUGUCGACGGAGUCCUCAUGUGAGUUUGUGCUAUGUGGUCUUCUAGUUCCUGUUAAUCAUGACUUAUGCUUGUUUUCACUGCCAAAGUCAUGGGAUCUUGAACAAGCUUUGGGUGGCAAGAAAGUUAUAAGCUUGGGUUAUUAUCCUCAUAAAGUUGAGUGUAAUUAAAGAAACAAAGUGUAGGGUGGCACAAGAAAAAAUGACUCAUCUGUAGAUGGUGAUCAAAAUUUGAUCAUGUUAUUUGUUAAUGUAUUUUUUACUGUGAUCAUGAUCUGAUCAUGAAAUUUUAAUGUUAUUGAAUUUUUGGCCUUUAUUAAACUCAGAGGUUGGACUGCA